CUUUCACACUCGAUAAAUGAUAUAAAGCACGAAAACACUUUUUAUUUGGAAUGAUGACAUCGUUCAGCGAUGAAACUGUGGAUAAAACUACUCCGUUACUUUCUUCUCAAAGAAUUUCUUCAGUUCGAGAAAAGCUUCCAUAUCCAAAGGCCGCAUUGUUCAUUUUGCUGCUUCCAUUUGGAAUUUACUUUUUCUACGUUUCAUUAUUAAACAUUCUUAUUUUAUAUUUCACCCAAGAACUUUUGUACGACGAUAACGAAGCAACUAAUAUAUAUCACACUUUUUCUAUGGCGACAUUUUUUGUAAGCCUGUUAGGUGCAGCACUGGCUGACACUGUGUUAGGAAAAUUUAGGUGAGAAUAAAACUUCAAUUAGUUAAAUUAUCAGAAAAAUUCAUGUGUCUUAAAGCCAUUUAUAAGAUAUAACCGAAGUAUUAAUUGUGUAUUUUUAUUUAUAGAACAAUAAGUUACAUGUUAAUUUUAACUUUAUUUGGAUGCGUAAUCCUCACUAUGGCUUCUGUCCCAAAUUUUCUUCCAAUGAGAUUGACGACUAUGGUUAGUUUAGUAGUGAUAACUAUUGGAACAGGAGCAGUACAACCUUGUCUUCGUGUGUUUGGAGGAGAU